AUGUUGAGCAGGCUGCCAGUCCUGACCUUGGGCCUGUGUCUCUGGUCCUGUUGGCACGCACCGGCGCUUGCAUCGCCGUCGUCGGCCGACCUCCCGGUGUUGACGUUGCCGUGGGGGAAGUGGCAGGCCGAGAUCGACGAGCAAGACCCGCAGCUCUAUGUAUUCCGCAACGUCCGGUUCGCCUCGGAGCCGCGGCGCUUCGGCGCGCCGGCGUUCCCGACGUGGACCAACGACUCGAUCCAGUCUCCCGAGAGCGUCAGCUGCAUCGCCGUCGACGUUGGCAGGCUGUCGAACCCCCCCGGCGGCCACGUGCCGCUCGAGGAUCCGGAGCGGCUCCGGGUGCGGCAGGACGAGGACUGCCUGUUCCUCGACGUCUACGUGCCCGCGCGCGCGUUCGAGCCCGGCGCGCGCAAGCUGCCGGUGAUUGUCUGGAUCUACGGCGGCGCCUACGCCUUUGGGAGCAAGAACGACGGCGAGAUCCUGUACACGGGGCGGCCCAUCGUCAAGGCGUCCAACUACAACACCAUCCUCGUGGCGGGCAACUACCGCGCCGGCGCCUUCGGCUUCCUGGCCGGCGACUACAUGCAGAGGGCGGCGCUGCCCAACGCCGGGCUCUACGACCAGGCCCUGCUCUUCGAGUGGGUGGGCAGGUUCGUCGACCAGGUCGGCGGCGACAAGGAGCAGGUCAGCGCCUGGGGCCAGUCCGCCGGCGCCGGCUCCAUCCUGCACCACCUCAUCCGCGAGGACGGCGCCAGGGACCCCGGCUUCCGGACGUACUACGCCAUGAGCCCGGCGUUUGAGAUGGCCUGGGACAACGCCCCCGGCGGCAGGCUCGACGCCUACUACCGGAUGUACUCGGACCUGGCCGGCUGCGGCGACGGCUACGACGUGGACUGUCUCCGGGCGGCCAGGAGGGAGGACCUCGUCAGGGCCAACCAGCAGCUCUUUGACGCGGUCAGGCAGACGGGCCUGUUCCCCGUCGGCCCGGCCGUCGACGGCAGGUGGGUGACGACGCUUCCGUCGAUACUGCUGUCGCAAGGCAGACGCUGGGACAAGGUCGAGUCGGGCAUCGUCGCGCACUGCUCCAACGAGUCGGCCUUUUUCAACCCGCCGGGGAUAGAGAGCGAGCGCGACUUUGACGGCUUCCUGGCGACGUUCCUCCCGGGGGACGCGCUGGCGCCGCAGCGGCGCGCCAUCAAGGCCUUCUACGCGUGUCCCGAGACGCACGGCGGCAACUUCUCGGCCUGUCUCGAGACGGUCAUUCGGGACGCCGUCUUCACCUGCAACACGAGGUACCUGUUCGAGGCGUACCCGGAGCGGUCGCACAUGAUGGAGUACGCCUUUGCCAGCCGCGAGACGGGCUACCACGGCGUCGACCUGAUCCCGCUCUUCACCAACAGCGUGUCCGAGGCGAGGGCGUUCAUCGAGAAGCUGGGGACGCCGCCCGAGCUGGCGCAGCCGUACGCCGUGGUCCUGCACUCGCUCAUCGUGCCCAAGUUCACAAAGUACCUGGCGUCGUUUGCCGUGAGCGGCGAUCCCAACGGCGCCGGGGUGACGCCGCUGUGGCCGACGGCCAGAGACACGGAGCAGGGCGUGCUGCACGACGUGCUGCAGGUGAGGGACAUAUUGGCCGAGCAAAAGUUCCGGCUCGGCGAGGACGAGCAGAAUACCAAGACGACGUGCGACUUUUGGCUCGAGAUUGCCGCCGCCGUCAGGCACAAGCCCGAGGGGGCCGCGGCGGUGCAGGAGGAAGGGGAGCUGUAG